UGAAACUACACAAUCUUGUGAACGUUUAUUAACACGUGUAGUUGCUGUGGAAAGACGAACAUGCUGAUUUUGAGCCUUAUUACGUUGACGAUGGAGCUUUAAGGAUCAUGAGGCGAUACGUGCUGGAACUGAUGCAUGGUGUAGUGCUCGUGGUCACACUUUUAGGGUGUAUUUCAAGAGCAACAAUUUCUACAACUGUAAUGCCAUUUAAUGGGACAGCGUUAACGGCUCUUACAUCAACUGGACAAACACCAAGUCCACCACUAUCGACUGAGGAGCAGGCGAUUAGUGAUACUAGUGAUACUACCCUCCCAGACGACGGGCGUUCAACAACUUAUGUACAAAAUGACAGUGUUUCUACACAACGUUUUCGAUAUAUAGAUAUUGGGAACAGUUCUGGUAAAGACCAACCCAUAUCAGAGCAGCCCGUCAUCCCAAUCAAAUAUGUAAUAAAACUGAACAAAACCACUGACAAAUACGAAGCCAUAAAAGCGCCAAAUCUUGUUGUAAAAGUUGCACAAAGUAAAUUUGAAACAAGUACCGCAAGUCCACUAACAAGCUCUGCAAUUCAACUUACAAGCAGUACAGAUAGAAUGAAACCAACUCCAAAAAGUGAUUCUCAUUUUAAUAACGUUUUAAAAUUUGCACCGCCAUUUGCGGUUCAGUACCUCGAGAAACAAAGACAAACAGCGGCCCCAUCUAGUGACUCACAGAAACCUAAAUCAAAACCAACUGUAGUGCCAAAUAUUAAGUCCAAAACACUACCACAUGUUCAGUCCAUGUUAAACAGCCAGUCGGAAACAGUACCAGCUGAAGGUACAGCAAACAUUACAUACAAUGAAACAAGAGUGGCCCCAAAGACAACAUCAACUGUAACGUACCACCUGAUACUGGAGCCUGCGUUGAAGAAACAAAUCAUAAUGCCCAUCCAGACUAGUCAAACAAAUUUAAGUGGAUCCAAUAUUUGGUUGGUGAAUAACCAUGGCUCGUUUGAGAAGUUAUACGAUUCAAUGAAGGAGCAGAAAAGUAUAUUAUCGGAUGAGAAGACAUAUUUUACUUGGAUCUUUUUCGCUAUUCUGACUGCUGUUGGAUGUCUGAUUGUCGUAAUAUCCAGCUUUACGGUAAUAAGCUGUAGAAACACUUGCAAGAGACAACGUCUACUGAACCGUGACAACAGACUAAACAUGUACUCGUACCAGUCAGUAGACUCAGUAAUGUCGGAAGAGAGUUAUAGCGUCUCAUAUGCGUAAAUAACCAAGUGGAAUGUACAAGAGACAACGUUUUCUGAACCGUGACAAUAGGCUAAACAUGUACUCGUACCAGUCCGUGGACCCAGUUAUGUCGGGAGAGAGUUAUAGUGUCUCAUAUGCGUAAAUAACCAAGU